AUGGGAGGUUAUUUUAUUCUUUCACGGCUACUCAUCUUUGCUUUUCUACAAGCCGCCGUAUUUCUCUUAAUUCUCUUCUCCACGCCUUUGGAUGUUUUCCGUGCGUGGGGAAUUGGCGGCUGUUACGGUUUCUUUGGCCUCAAACACUGCGGGGCAUUUGGUGGAACUAUCAUCAGUACUUCAUGGGGCUGCAGUCGACGGGAAUCCACAAUGGAUGCGGCGGCGGCCUUUGCGAUUAUAAGUAUUUUAUCUUCCUGCACAGCGACGGUAAUGGCGUUAUUAAUGUACUUCCGUACGUGUUUUCUACGAUUGAGUUUAUUUAUUGUCAGUCUCCUUACGGGGAUUACACUGUUGAUUACAUGGGCCUGUGUGGCGGAUGUUUAUCAUAAACCAAUGUGUGGAAGUGGAACGGGAUUUGGGGCUCUUUACAAUUACGGCCCCGCAUUUGGAUUGAUUGUGUUUACUUGGAUUUUGCAGGUGUUUGCGGUGAUCUUGUGUGGAAUCAUAACUUUUUAA